AUGUAUCCGAUUUUGGAUUGUUCAAUUCGAAUAAGAGAUUCUUUGCAAAAACAUUUACAAUUUACAAGGUUUGUUAAAGUGCACUUUAAUAUCUGCCCACAAACACAUUGUGUGUCUGUGAAGAACAAACACUCUGUCUGUGAUUUGUAGCGUAUUUGUAUGUGCUAUGUAUCCGAUUUUGUGUUGUUUGAAUAAGGGACUCUUUGCAAAAACAUUUACAAUUUACAAGAUUUGUUAAAGUACACUUUAAUAUCUGCCCACAAACACAUUGUGUGUCUGUGAAGAACAAACACAUUGUCAAACAACUAUUAUAUUCCACAACAAUUUCAAUUACACUUACGUUUGAAAUUCAAUAACACCAAAGUCAUAUUCAUUUUUCAUAACAUGCAAGAUAUAUCUUUAUAAAUAAAAUCCAAUCAAAAUACACUUACAUUCUAAAUACAAAAACAUUAAAUUUACAAACAAAAUAAUUACAAGAAUUAAAUUUUUAAUCAUCAUGUGCUUUGACCCUCUCGUUCUUGCAUUAUAGUACUUUCCAUUGAUAGUAGACUCAAUAAGUCCACCCAAGCAGUCCAACGAUCUCCAUUGAUAAUCUUCUUUAUUUUGUAAAAGAAGUGAAAGAUUGAAUGUAAAAUAAGUAUAAAUUAUACUACUUAAAGUAAUCAAAUUUGAAAUUAUAACCGAGAAUAACACACUAGUCCCCUGGCUUUCACCUUGCUCUUUGAUUCUAAGCAUUGUAUAAAUGAUCUGGGGUUUGUGCAAUUGUGCUAGCAUACUCAAAACAAAAACAAAAAUCAUAAGAGACAUGAAUGGGACUAGACACAAAUUCUUAGAUGAAAGUAGUUACUAUAACAUGUUCGUUAUAGUAGACAUAGAAACUCAUUGAAAUAAAUUAUAUUUGCACACAUAAAUAAUGAUUUACUUUUAUAUUGCAUCAUUUCCUUUUAACCAACUGAAUUACAAACUCAUAAGAACAAAGUAUGAAUAACUCUCCACUCAUUAUUAUAAAAUGAAGAGUAUGAGAAAGCCAAACAUUUAAACUCAUACUUAUGUCUUUUCUAAAACAGUACUCUGGAUCAACUUAAACAAGAGGAAAACAAAGUAAAUGUGGAAGAAUUCAUUUUGGGAAAAGAAUCCAUAUUUAAGUAAUCACAUUCCACACUUCAUCAAACUGUAAGGUACCCGAAGUCCAAAUUAACCAAGGUAUUUUAAGGAAUUUGAUCAUCGAUUGGAGAAGUGAAUCACAAUUGUACAAUACAUUGGAAAAUUCAUUACUUUUCCAAAGUCCUACACAUUUUUCAUUUGGACCUGUUUUAGUAGAGUCACACAGACAAUCAUAUUACUCACACAGACAUAUGUAGACUUAUACAGACAAUCAUAUAAGUCUUCACAGACAAAUGGAACCACAACCAAUUACAUAUAAGUUCACAUCGACAAAUAACUACACAAAUGUAUCUUUACACAGACAAUACGUAGAAAGUAAUGACAUAGCCUCAAACAAAUGUAUAUUGUUCAAAAUCUAAGCAAUAGAUGGGUUCCAAAACUUCAUAAACAAAAAUAUCUUAUGAACCCUCCAAAUAAACAUUAUCAAGUAGCCUUAAAUUAUUAAAAAUCCAAAGAUAGAGGAUACAUACCUUUCGGCCAUGGAAGAAAGUGGGGUUCACACCAUUUUGAAUUGUUGGAGUGAGACAGAAUCGACGACGGUUGGCCGGGAGGAGGGUGGCUGAGAGGAGGGUUGCGUUCGAUAGACUUGUUCAAAGGGAAGGGUGUGGCGGUUUUCGUCAACAACCUUUGACGGAGAAGAAGCUUCCAGCGACGGGGAGGAGGGCGACGGUUUUCUUCGAUGGCCAGCGACGGGGAGGGAAAGGGGAUGCACGAAAAAUUUGGGAGCGGGGGUUUUCUUUGAUGGUCAGCAACCGUUAGAGGAAGGGAGAAGGUGGAUGUGCGAAAAAUUGGGAUUGGGGUUUUUUUUUACAGGUGUGAGGGAGGAGUUAUGCUAGAGGUACAAACACUUUUACAAAAAGUCUUACAAAAGGGGUAUGUGGCAUCAUCUUAUUAUUUAACACAUCACAUCACAUUUACAACACUUUUACAUCAAUGGUAAUUAGAAUAGCCACAUCACUUGUUUGUAAGUUUUUUUGUAAGUGUGUUUGUACUUCUAGCAUUUUUCGUGAGGGAGGUGAGAGAAAGUGGAUAAUUUUUUUUGAGGGGUAUUUAUAGUGUGUAUGUGUACGUAUGAAAAGUGUCUAAGAAUAGCAUUUUUGUUGAUAAUAAACCGUAUUCAAAAUAAAUACUUCCUGCUCAGGUCUUCUAAUACGGGCUUGGAAUAAUAACAGGUCGAUCGAUCUUGGAGGCGGCAUGUAUGAGCAAGUAGUGAGGGGAGUUCUACUUUGUUUGCCUCCCAAAGCAAUCUACCGAUUCAGGGUCGUAUCUAAAUCCUCGAAUGAACUCAUCUCUCACCCGUUUUUCAUUGAGAUGUACGACGGCGGGCGGCGGUCCACGUUUGUUGGCCUUGUUCCCGAGAACAAAGUUUUACCAGAGAACAGAGCCUCGCACUCAUGUCACCGGACCAGGCGGACCUUACAAUCGCACGAACAUACUCGCUGUCGAUCUUCCUCGUAAUCGCCAAAUCAAAUACGGGUCUCUAGAAGUACAGGAUUUCCAGUUCAUAAAUUCCUCGGACGGUUUGAUCCUCUGCAGAAACAGAUGUCUUUACCCCAAAGAGUACUACGUUCUCAAUCUUAUUACGCAAAAGUUCAUUCCCCCCGCCUCCCCCGAAGGAGAGGUGGCAUCCUUACAAGACCAUUGGUUUGUUGUGUAACAUUGUGACAGUGCCGAAGGCGGAGCUGCAACUUUGGGGGUUGAGAUUUACUCAUCCGAAUCCGGCGUCUGGACAGCCAAACCAAGUAUACCCCUCCCAGCCGUCCCAUUUACAAGAUUUGUAAGUGUAAUAACGGGUGAUCCUUUAGUGAUAAACGGUGUUUUCCACUGGUUCCUCCGCUGUCGCAAGAAACUCGCACUUUACGGUCCCCAUGAAAACAAUCUCCAGUUCAUCGAUGUCCUGUCUGAUCCUCCUUGUCUUGAUUUCGAAUCCCAUGCUUUUACAAGGUCACCCAUUGAGGACGGGGACGUGUUAUGGUUCGGCACUAUGAAUUCUUGUACCGCAAUGGCAGUUUUCAUGCUCCCGAAGUGUGUAGAAGACGGGUCUAGCAACAAUCUCCGGCCAACUAUCAUAACCUGUGAUGAGUGGGUGUUGGUAUACCGCAUAAGUGUUGAUUCCCUCUGGAAUGAUGUGGUCUUGCGUACCAUUAGUGAAAGGAACGUAUUCUUGGAUGCCUUUGUUCCGGCUAAGAAGAAGAGUUCUCCUGCCCUGAUUCUCAGGGUUGAACGAGGGGCGUAUAUCUUUAUGAUCUUGACCACAAAUCCAUGGAAUGUAUUCGAUAUUGUGGUGAUCUAGUAACCAAGAAUGAGGGUGGAGAUAGGCUAGAUGGCAACAACAAUUCUCUAACAUUUUGUCCUUAUUUAGAACCUUCUUCUCUUUUAGCAUACGCUCUUAAUUAGUUAGGUUAGGCUGGUUCUAUAAUUAUUAAGUUAGUUUCAUUAUUCAAUAUUAGUCAAGAUUUUUUUUCAUUCUUCUUCAAAGUUGAGGUGAACUAUUAUAAGAACUAGUAUUUCACCCGUGGGAUGCACGGAAAUAUUUUGUAU